AGGUGAGUGGAAGGGCUGUCCCCUUAAGAAGUCAGAGCUGUGCUCGUGGGCAGGCUGGCUCCGCUGUUCUGCUCCAAGGAUUACAUGUCCUUCAAACGCCCUUGCCCCUUAGCACGGUACAACCGCACCAGCUACUUCUACCCCACCACAUUCUCCGAGAGCUCUGAGCACAGCCACCUGCUGGUGUCUCCGGUGCUGGUGGCAAGUGCUGUCAUAGGUGUGGUCAUCACCCUCUCCUGCAUCACCAUCAUUGUGGGAAGCAUCAGAAGGGACAGACAAGCCCGUAUCCAGCGACACCACCAUCGCCACCGCCGCCACCAUCACCAUCACCGCCAGCACCGGCGCCGACACCGAGAAUACGAGCAGGGCCAAGCAUCUGACGGACAUAUGCACAGCCACUCCAGUCACAGGAUGCCCUACGCCUGUAGCCCUGCUGAGGACUGGCCCCCGCCCUUGGACAUCAGCUCUGAUGGGGAUGUGGAUGUCACAGUGCUCAGGGAGCUGUACCCAGAUUCUCCACCAGGCUAUGAGGAGUGUGUGGGACCAGGGGCCACUCAGCUGUACGUCCCCACGGAUGCACCACCACCCUACUCGCUGACUGACUCCUGCCCCGUGCUGAAUGGUGCCCUCAACUCAGGCAGCGGCCAAGGCCACAGCCAACAUCAGCAGGAGCAGAGGACCCAGGGCCAGAGUGGCCUCCACGCUGUCUCCAUGGACACGCUGCCACCUUAUGAAGCUGUGUGUGGAGCAGGCUCCCCAUCUGACCUGCUGCCCCUGCCAGGACCAGAACCACAGCCACCUAACUCCCAGGGCUCACCUACCCCAACCCAGGCUCCGACUGCCAGCCCUGAGAGGAUUGUGUGAGUGACCCAGCCCGUAAGUCCUACUGGUCCUUCUAGGCUACCCUGUCUCCUCCAGGCACACAGGUGCACACAACUCAUGCACAUGCAUUUAUAUGAGAACACACAAACACUGGCAUCCCCCAAAUGCACACACUGACACAUGCCACACACAUAGAGACACCUGUGCAUACGUAGGUCCCACUCCCACAAAAACUCGCCUGGGAAGGUUUUCUGUAGAUGAAGUGCCCCCAUCUGGUGCCUCUGCCCCGAAGCCUUGCACCUGGUGGUAGCACCUCUCUGAGCAGUGCUGGGCAGAGGUGAGGUGGGAAUCCCUACUUUUUUCCCUCUCCCCCAGCCUCCUCUAGGCUGUGGCCACGAUCUGAUUCUCCUGCAGAAACUGUUUGGCCCACUUCUUGCCACAAGCCCUUACCCUACCCUAGGGCUUGUCCCACUGGGAGCUGAGGCAGGUCCCAGUGAGGCCCCACCAUGCACUGUGCCUGUCUUUCCACUCCAGGUCAGAAGAGCCACAGUGUCAUCACCCUGCCACUUACAGGGUGGAGAAACCGGUCUGGUGGCCUGGGCAUGACCUGGAGGUCCUCACAGCCCACUGAGCCCCUUGCUGUCUCCAUGUCCUCAGUUUGGCGGUGCUAGUGGGGUUAGCUCAGACACCCACCCCAAGUGGCAGGGGGAGGACAGGCCCUUGGGCAUGUGUCAUGGAGGAGGGUCACAGUUCUUCCCAUGUCCACGCCAGGAUUGGGAGUUCAAGGAAGACAAGGUAUGGGUCGCCUCAACACAGGGCUUCCUAGACACUCCUCAGCGGCACAGAAGGGCCCGCUGCUCAGUAAGUGCCCAGCCAGCCCUGCUAGCCUGAGUCCAAGAGGUCUCAAGCUAACCCAAGAGCCAGUGCUGUUAUCCAGGGUGGCAACUCACAGCUGGGGACUGAGGUGAUGAAUUCUGGCCUUGCCUCUCUGGGACAUACGCAGAGACAAAAAUAAAAAGAAUAUGGACCCCACCGAAAACACCAUGCCACUAUGAGAAGACUAGUGUCUGCGGUCAACAUCCUGUCACCUGUCACGGAAGCAGGCAUGUGGGGACAGCGGGCUGGAGAAAGGCUCAGAUACUGGCCUGUGAACUCCAGCAAUCUCCAUCAAAGACUGUGUAAGGUGACAGAGGUGAUCUUUGAAGAGCCAGCUUGCCAAAGGUGGUGGCUAAGCAUCUCCGAGGAGAGCCCUGCCAGCACUGCCGCUGACAGGGAGCAAGACACCCUGCCUCCCCCACUCCCCAUCUUUUGUCACUCGUCCCAAAGCAGCAGACCCACCCCCACUGAUCCUCCUCCCACAUUUCAACUUCUCCAAUGAAGGGCUAAGACAAUUCAGCACCCCCUUUCUUAAGCAGAGGGGUGGCAAGGACGGCUACCUUGAAUUUUAUUUUCUAUAGAAAUCGCAUUUAUUCUGAUGCAGAGUCCAAAGGGACCCACCCCCAGGUUCUGUAGCAUCCUGCAAGUGGCAUCCUAGAGUCACAGUCUCCACCUGGGGGAGGGAACCUUGUUUACAAGCAGUUCUGCCUACCUUUGUGGUGUUCUGCUUUCUAGGCAAAAAUAUGUCUGUUGUACUGUAUAGCCUUUCAAAUGCACCCCAGGGAUGAGAGUCUUUCAAGAAAUGCAGUCUGUUUCUGUGGCUCUGGAACGUGCUGGGGGAAGAAAAACCAUCCCUGCCUACUCAUCAUGUUGGAGGGAUCUACAGAACAGCGGUUCUCCUUCCCAGAUUGAGCUGAAUAAGCAGCAAUGUAUCUUUUCUGUGUUCAAAAUAAAUACAUCAUAUCAACAAAGAUGUAGAGAGAAGUAACACUUGCAAGGAGUGCGUGGGGGCCCUGCAGGUUUCCUGACGGCUGCAAACGGAGAGGAAAAGAACCCCUAAAUGGAAGCAAUCUUAAAUCUGCCUCUGAAAGUUGACGUGUCAGCUGGCUGCUCCUCAGGUCUGAGCCCGUGAGGCCAGGUUGUGCUCUGGCAGAUGGGGACAUCUGCAUAGUCAGUGUCCUGGGAGUGCCUUUUUGGUAUCUCUGCUUCCUUAGUUCCUGGAGACACCUAUUAGUCUAGAUUAGCCAAGUCCCCAAAACCUCCUGUGUCUACCUCCCAGCCCAUACUAUGGUACCUGGCUUUUUUUGCGGUACUGGGGAUCUGAACUCACGCAUGCCCGGCAGGCACCUUACUGGCUGAGCCAUCUCCCCAGCCCCCUUUUUACAUUUUUGUGAAACAUAGCGUGACUUCAAGGCCUGUCCGAUAGUAGUGUGACUACGAUAAGCAACCAAUCUCAGGACUUGAGUCCAAGCACAUCGGGUACCACCACCUUUUGGCCUUCAGUACUCUGAAGGCGUUUCCUUCCCAGAACAAUAGGAAAUGCCAUUCAGACAGAAAUGUGCUUUUUGUUCCUCUCUGCAGAAACACUCCUCUUUCCUAUCACCCUUCAGACGGAGGCUUUUCCUGGUGACCUCUUUUCAGAUGGAGCCUGACUUCCUUUCUUGUACAAGUUUCCCUUCCACUAGAAUUCCAUGCACUAGCAUAGGCCUAGCUCCCAAGAUCACGCCCUGAAAUUGGGGUGUCAACCUAAACAAGCAGGGGCAGGGGUGGGCAAUUGUGAGCCAAACCUGCAGGCUCCUUCUGGAAAGCCCAUGUCUGUGCUGGAGAAAUGUAGGCCUGCUGGCCAGCACUGUCCACACUCAAGCCCACACUGCCACCUGCUGGCUCCCUGCAGCCACUGUUGAUUGUCAGAGUCCACACUAGAAAAGUGAGGCCACUCCUGCCUGCCAUGGGACACUCAGAGCUGUAUGCUGAACUUCACACUUGGAUCCUGGGCUUGUCUUCUGCCACUGAGAUGUUCUAUGAAGAUGAACCUGUUUGCUCAUUUUCUAGAGGAGACUCUAUCCCUCAGUCCUGGUUUCUGGGAAUUCCUGUUGGCUAUGAAUUCCUCUCUAUAUGCAAAAUACUUACCUUCUCCCCCACCCCCCCAUUUUAUAUGUUCCUGGGCUCCACUCUGGAGUUCCUCCUCCUUCAUGGUGAUGGUGUCCAGCCACUUGCUGACUCCUACCCAGACCACCUACACUGACACUCAAUCUAAGUUCCUGGGACUAUCAACCUCAUGGUUCUCCCUAUCUCUUCCAUCCACACACUCCUUGGGCUGUGGGCAUCAUGGUCAAGACUGUGCGAUCCUACAAGGAGUUGACUCUUCUUUUCCAGGAAACAAGGCCCAAGGAGAACAGCUGGGUGCCUGAAAUCCCCAGGAGAUGGGAUGUGAUGGUCCACCAUUCAGAUGGUAUGCUAGGAGGGAGCAGGACCAGAACCUGGAACACAACCAUACUGUCCAAAGGGCUGGGUAGGGAUGUAGUAGCCUCAGGGCAGUGAAAGGAGGAGGAGGAAGCCUGGGAGAAUGUGGGCCACUAACCUCUAUCCCACUGGCAAUCCAAGAGACAAUAAUGUUACACCAUGCCUUGAAGUCAGGCUUUCUGAGGUGACAGAUCUGUGUCACUCAUACCUGGCUCUCAGCAGCACUGUUUGGAGGCUUCCUUUUACAGAGUACUGGUUCCUGCCAUGCAGGCUCUUCUAACCAGAGAAGGACUUCAUACCAGGAAGCCACAGCUGUUGGCAGACAAAGCCAUACAGUAGCUGAGUCAUUAUGGAUGGACACAGGAAGUCCCAGGCUUUGGAUAGCACCAAAGGCCUCUGCUACAGCUGAGUGACAGGCCUCACCCAAGCAAAGAGGGAAGAACAAGACAUUAGUAAGGCUACGGCAGGCAGUCCAUGGCCACCUCAUGCAACAUCUACCAUCACUGGGUUAAGCCUGCUUUCAUGCAAACCAAGUUUGUAUAGCUAGGUAUCACACACACACACACACACACACACACACACACACACACACACACACACACAACCCACCAUUGCUUAACUCCCACCUCCUCUGGCUUCAUACACAUUUACUCAGACAGCCUUGGUGCCCACACUAAUACCUCUUGAAUGCAGGGCUUCCAUCUGUACACCCAGGUGUUGCACAUACUGAUGCUUGUAUGUUCCUGUCUUCAUCCUCUGACAUUUAACAUGGCUGUCCAGGGACUGGACAUGAGCAGAAAGGCCACAGCUUUAUUAUCGGAGGGAGAUCUAAUGUCCUGGGUUCUGUUCUGCUGAGCUGCAUAUUUCCCAAGCCCAAGCUAACUCUCUGGAGCCCAGGAGCCCUUAUCUAGGCAAGGCUAGUGGACCUGAGCUUGGAGGCUCGGCAGACCUUUGUCCAGAGGCUGUAGCAUAGCUGUGUCUGCCCAGCAUAUCUCCAAGAAAUCCCAAGGUGGCAGCCCUGUUAUCACAGCCUCAGCCACAACAUUGCCACACUCAGCAUGACACCUCAGGGCCUGGGGAGCAACUGUAGGGCAAUAUAGGUUGUUAUUUAUUGAAAAGGAGAGCUUGACCCCCUGACAGGUUCUGAGCACCAACCAUCACCCUCCCUUUUAUUCAAUUGCAAGAGGCAAGAAAGAAUACUUACUGGUUCACGUACCUAAAUUAUCCAAGUGGUAAAUCAGAUUUUAGGUAUGGGUGGAUCCAGAAAAUCAAAGGACAUGGGUUGGUAUACUGUCUCUCUGGACUCUGACCACCUCAUUGUCUCCAUUCUCCCAUUAGAAAAAUGGUGGUGGACAUCCCAUGUCCGAGUUGGCUGGUUCCUGAGCCAAAAUGAUGAGAGACCCUCUCUCUCUGCCAGAAAGCAAAUAUAAGUAUCUCACAGAAAUCAGAAUGGCCUGAACAGGACUUUCCUGGAGCCUCUCAGUGGUUGUGGCUGGGGGCAAGACAAGGGGGUCUCUGAUUAUCUCUGGCCAGAGGACAUAUGCCACUCUAAGGAAGGUGAACCAAAUAUUCUAUCCUGGGACGGAUUUUCCAAAAGAGAGGAUGAGAUAAAGAGGACUAUACACUCACAAGAACAUCGGGCUUUAGUCUGUUUCCUCUACCCUAACCAUCAUCCUACCCACAUGUCCAAUCUACCACUCUGCCCAUCUUGGCCCUCUCCACCAUGCCCUACCCACCCUGGCUCUACCCACCAGCCAUCAGUCUCAGUGAUCACCAACUAGAGGUAAAUAGUGACCACGUGGUGAUGAGGACAAAUGCCCAGAAAGGCAAGGCAGGAGGUGAUUGCUAACCGAGGCCCAUAGCAGAUGAAGAAGUCAGAAUUGGCCUCCAGGUAGGCACCAUUUUGAAUCCAUCCUGACUCUUACCCCCAAGGUUUCUCUGUUGGGGGGAAGGUGGUGGAAAGGGGUGUUGUGCCCAGAGAGGCUCAGCUCCAAUGUCCAUCGUGCCUAGCUACAGGGAAAUAACCAGACUCCAUCCUAAAGCCAUUCUAUAAGUUCUGGAUGUACAAGAUAUCCCUCACAGUCAUCCACAGUUAUUAUACAGCUUUGCUUCUGAAAAGGAACAUAAAUUUGGACAAAGGUCUAAGGCACGGAUCUGUGUUGUCACAUAGGGCCUGAGGUGACGGUCCAGGGACUGUCUUCUCCCUCAGGACUAUCUCACUGGGUCUCUUGUCUCUCCUCCUUCCAGCCUGUCCCUUCCUGGAUUGUUCCUGAGUGUCUUGAGUUGUCUGCCUGAAACUGGGGUGCCAGGAUCAGGGCUGGUUUCUCUCCGGAGGGUGGUCCAGCACAGAGCCCGGCAGGGGUGAACGGGGCUUUGGAAUAGAAAACAUGUAACAACAUAAAGUUCUAUUCUUAAAGAAAACUGCCCUUCCCAUGGUGUUAUGCAAGAGCUUGAUGACAAUUAAGUGCUGAGUCUCAGACCUGGGACCCUCUGCCCAGGUAGCACCUUUAACUGACUCUCCCCGCCCCCUCUUACAGUAAGCCCAAGUUCGUAGGGUAUACAGGGACCUUAGGAGCUGUUGAAGGGAAGGUUCCCCAGUCUACUGAGAUCAAAGCCAUCCUUGAAUAUCCUUUGUCUCACCUCCCUGCUAAUCCCCAGUGCUCCCCCAAAGCUAAGCACAUGGAUGGGCAGCUAGUGAAAGCAGCUUUUCUUGAGGGCCCAGGAAGUUUAACUGAACAACAAACACACCAGGCUGCAGCAGGCCAAUGUGGAGUCACAUAUCAGGCGAGAGAGCGGCCAUGGAGAAGCAGGACAGGUUCAAACAUGGGAGACCAGAGAGGGGGCACUUCGGGAACCAUGCCUGGUGUUUUCACUCCCCCUUCCAAUCACAGUCUACCUUUGAGACCUGCAAGAGGUGGGUGGCUCUUAGGAAUGAUGAGUUCCCAAGUGCUGGGGGCUGGAAUGUCUAUCUAGGUUGAGAAAAACAGUUAACUCAGUAAGAAAUCAAAAGUAACAGGAGAAAUUCACAAGAGGGAGGAAACUGAGUCUGCCAAUUUGUCAGGUCUGGGCUAGUAAAAGGCCACUCCAGCCUUCUCUUCAAGGAACCAGUCUGCCUGGAGCCAAGGAAUGAAGGAGACAGGAAGCCAAAUGUGGUGGUGCAUAUCUGUAAGAUACCUGAGUGAAUUUCAGCACUCAGAUGGAGGCCAGAGAAUCGGUUCAAAACCAGCCUCAGCUCCAUCCUGAGUUUGAGGCCAGCCUGGGUGACACAAGACCCUGUCUCAAAAACAAAACAAACAAAAAACAAGAGAGAUGAGACUCAUUUUACAUGUCUCUCCCACAUACGUACUUCUUGGCCCAGACCAGGCCCUUCAAGACAACACAAGGACCUAGCCCUGCAUAUCCCCGUCAAGAAGCCUCCCAUGCUCAAUACAAAGUUUCACGAUGUUGGACAAGUACAGCUUUGACUAUCAGCUAGACUUGGGAUGAUAGACCAAAGAGGGACUCUCCUCCCAUUCAAAGAUGCUUGCAUCCUCACCCCAGAACCUUUGUCCUACCUUUCUUACUAGAGGUCAGGGCUAUCAGGGUUGGGUCAGGUAUUUCUAGGUUCUUGACCUCUUAUCCAAAAAAUUGAAAAUAAGGGCUCAUGCCAAUUUGCAAAACAUAAAAAUAGCAAGUAACUUUAAUCAGAGCGAAGUGAUGGUACAGAUUAGAGGGACACACUGUCACGGCGGAGGAUACUCAAGGCUCCAGUGAUUGUUCAGGGCUUCCUUUUAUGGUACCCAAAAGAAUGAAGCGUUUGUUUCUAAGAGGCGGAGUGAGAAUGGCUCUGUUUUAACUGAUAGGUUUGGUCAUCUAAUCAUCUUUCUGCUGUGCAUACCCCUUCCCAUAAUGCAUCUGACUUUCAUCAUAUACACCCUGUUAUGCACAGGCAUAAGACGGUAAAAAUAGAGGACUCUCCCUAAAAGCUUACUCCAGGAUACAGUUUUGCCUUACCUUGCAUGUACAUCCAAGACCAGUUGAGGUCUGACCAGCCUUUCCAUUCUUCAUACCAAGACACAUUGGGAAUAUAUUUGAAUAGAAACUGUCUAAUUAUUGUUUGGUAAAGAGGAAUGCAUCCCAUUGUUUCAGGAGAGUGUGUGCAACCCGACACAGGUGGUGAGCCAAGGUUGCUAGCUACCUGGUUACAGAGGGAUGUGCAUAGUAUGUGCAUGUAAGGGAGCUAGGCCACUUAUUGUUACUAGAAGAGGGGGGUGUGCCUAGUCUAUACCAGAAGAGCCCCAAGUUACUGAACUCUUCCCUAGACUGCCUGCUUCACCUUACCUGGCAAAGGAGCUUUGAAAACACAAUUGGCUUGAGGACCUUAGGGAAGAAAAAGCAGGAUAAUACAGUAAAACCAAAUUUGAUUCCCAGCACCAACAUCCAGCAGCUCGCAACCACAUGUAACUCUAGCUCCAGGGCAUCCAAGACCCUCUCUGGGUACUGUACACAUGUACACAUUUGGGGUGCCACACAGAUAUGCUGCCAUACACAUAGUUCAAAAUAAAAAUAAUUUGUUUUUAUUUAGGAAGCCAGAGUCCAAGAGGUUGGAAGUACCAUCCAUUUCUCUCCCUCCAAAAAGUCCAUAUCCCACUUGCCUACUACUCAGUCUGAGAAAUCCUAGAGGCAAGAAGCAACGGGACCUUCUUAGCACAGUGUUUCCCUUAUCUGGCCUCAGAUGAUUUUUCACAAAGAACUGUUUGAGAA